AUGGCUAAACGAACCCUUGACGCAUUCUUCAAACCAACCAAUCCACCAUCAAAUCCAGCAUCAACACCAAAGCGACCCAAAACCCAGGAAAACCAAGCAAUCCUCAAAACCACACCAGCGCCGCAACCCACAGCUUCCGAAGACCAAAUUCCCCCAAGCACACACCCAAGCUACCCAAUCCCAAUAGCAAACCUCCCAACCCACAUAAAAGUCGGCCUAGAACACGCGACCCCAGCCCGAUCACCACACGAACAAAAAAACCAACCAGAGCUGGACCUCCUCCAUUACCGACCCUACAUACCAAAAGAAACAGCAAACGAACUCUUCAAAUUCCUCCGCCGAGAACUACCCUUCUACCGCGUCCAAUAUCAAGCGCGAAGAGGAGAUGUCGAAACACAGAUAAAUACACCUCGUUUCACGACUGUUUUCGGGGUAGAUGAGACGGGGCUAUUUGUUGAAGACACCAAAAAUGCAGAUUCCAAUACCAAUCCAGAGCCGCAUCCAGACUCGGAUACCAAUGCCAGCAACAAUCUGAACCUAACCCUCCAAGAAACAAAUACAUCCCACGCACCCCCAAAUCACAAAUACAAACAAACGCCACGCCCAAUCCCACCCUGCCUCGACAUCCUCCGACAACAAAUCGAAAAAGCAAACCACAUGAAAGAAAGCGAAAGUUACAAUUUCUGCCUAGUGAACUACUACGCAUCAGGGGAAGAUAGUAUAGCCUUCCACUCCGACGACGAACGAUUUCUCGGCGUUGAACCGAACAUCGCUUCGCUCUCGCUAGGUGGCGAGAGGGAUUUUGUGAUGAAGCAUAAACCAUACGCCCCUGUUCAGAAGGCCAAUGGCAAUACCGGGGGGUCUCGGACAUUCAUACGACCACAGGAGCAGAUUAAGAUGAGUCUUAAUUCGGGGGAUAUGGUUGUUAUGCGGGGCGCUACGCAAGCCAAUUGGUUGCAUAGUAUUCCUAAGCGAAAGGGAAAGGCUGGGGAGAUGACGAGGGGACGGAUUAAUAUUACGUUUCGGAGAGCUGUUGUUCCUGCUGGGACUAAUAAUUAUUAUCAUUAUAAUGUUGGGGAAGGGGCAAUGUACCGGUGGGACGAGGUUUCGAGGAGUAUGGUUGCGCAGGGGAAGACAAACGAUGCAUAG